AUGACUGCACGAAAACCAGCUCUCGAAGCCGCCCGAAGCAACAAAAAGCACUGUAAUGGGGAGAAAGGUGCAAUGGCUGGUCACUUGAGGAGAUGUGCGCUGGCUACCGCGGAGGAGAAGUCUCUGGCAUCCCGAGUUGCACCAACACAACGCGAGAAGAAAGAAGCAAAGGCAGAGGAGAAGCGAAAGAGAGAUGAGGGGGAUGACGGCACGGACGCAGAUAACGAAGGUGCGGGAGUCUUGAAGAUGGAUCAGUCGAAGAAGAAGAAACGGAAACGAGUCCUUGCGGUGGAAACGUCCUUCUCCCAGUCCAAGCUUCAGGUGUUCAGAGGCAACGAUAUCCCGUUCAGUAAAGAUCAUCAAGAUGCAAUUGCACGUCAGACACUCCGCGCUACACAGUCCGCCAAUCUUCCGGAGCGCUGGACCGAGGACAUCGAAGUGAUGAAGUUGUUCAUCAUGAUGCGUUCCCGUGCCAUGGAUGCCAUACCGUCGAGGUCACAGCUCGGAGGAAGCCUGUUGAGAGAUGCGGCAAAAGAGAUUGAUGCACAGACAAAGGCACAAGUUAGCGGCAAAGAGGUUUUGAUGUGUACCGAUGGCUGGAGGAGUAAUCGAAAGGACGCUGUAGGUGGUGUCACUCUAAACGUCCAGUUCAAGUCACAUCUUGUGGAUGUGAUGCGCACUAAUCAGUGGGGAAAAGACGGAGAAUCCAUGAAGCUUCACUUCACGGCAAUGAUUGAGAAAGCGGAGAAAGACUUGGGCUGUAUUGUCAUCGGUUUCCUCACUGACAAUGACGGAGGGAGUAAAAAAGGACGAUUACUGCUAGCAAUCGCCAAACCCUAUCUGUUCACGUUUCCAUGCUGUGCCCAUCAAGGACAGCUCAUACUCGGAGACUACUUGAAGGAAAACGAAGCUGCUGCUAUACUCCUGGGCGAACUCAUUGAUGUUGUGAAUUGGAUCAAUUCGCAUGACAAGGUCCGAGACAUCUUUGACAAGGAACAAGAAAAAGCGAACGGGAAAGUUCUCGCAUACAUCCUGCCAAACUUGACGCGAUGGACGACUCACUUGAUUGCCGCUGUGCGAUUCGAGUUCUUGAAGGCUCCAAUCCGGGCUGCUAUUCUGUCUCGUUGUGAUGAUAUUGUCGCGGCACAGGUUGGCGCAGAGACAAACACACGAAAACGCUUGGCUUUGGAAGAGGACGCGAUCAGUCAUUGCGAGAUGAUCGAGUCCAAUGGAUGGUGGGACCGUCUGAAGAGAAGUGUCAUACCCGACAUGGAGCAUAUCUGCUACCUCACGAAUAUCUCACAGAGUGAUCAUGUACGACCGGAUCAGUUUCUCCUUGCUCUUGCAGGUCUCCUACUCCACUUUCGCACAUUUGCGUCUCGAGAUCAAGCCACCGAUCGAACCCUUGGGAAGAAUAUGUGCGCCCGAAUCGAGAAGCGAUUCAAAGAGCUGGAUCAGCCUGUCUUUGUUUUUGCGUUAAUCCUCAACCCUUUUGAGCGGCUGGAACGCUUCGGAGAUGACGCAAAAGUUGAUGUGUUCAAACUGUCGACAGAACUUGUUGCGCUAUACCGGCGUUACAAAUCCCGACCUCCUCUCCAUCCACGCAAUGAAGAGCAACAAUUGCUGUUCGCUGCUGGGCUAAACUCAGAGGCACAGCGUCUCAAUACCGCGUUCAUGCAAUAUCUAAGCGGCACUGGACUGUUUGCAAGUUGGUUCGAAGACGAAUCCCCGCACCAAAAUUCCUACACGGAUAUAAAUGGCGUCGAUCCUCUCCCAUUCUGGACCAUGAUGCGCUUGAACUCUGAGGCCAAGGAGCUUUCAGAUUUUGCAACAACUCUAUUGCGCCUUGUUGUGAAUCAGGCCGGUCUCGAACGUUGGUUUUCCGACUUUGCGAACAAGAAGAAUAAGAAACGCAAUCGUCUUGGACUUACAAAGAUGGCACAGCAAGCCAAGCUCACACGUCAAAUCCGCACUGAACAAGUGGCCGAAGGACUAAUAGAUGUCCGUGGAGGCAGGAAGAACCACUCGAACGCUCGAGUUUUACUCUCAGUCCCGCGCUACGCUGACGCAAUUCUAAGCGACACCGAUGAUAGCGAUGUUGAUGGUGGUCGAUUAUCCGUCGUUGUUCGGAGUAAAGCAGCUUGGAGAAAGCAACUUGGAGAAUGGCAAGCGGAAAUGCACGAGUUGGAUCAAGUUUCUGACAGUCGAGAUACGGACAUUGACCAGCCGCUGCCUGGCAUUCCGACACCAAAUCGCCCUCGAGCUCAGCGCUCUUGGCUCCCUUCGACGCUUGCUUCGCUUUUUGGUGGUGUUGUUUCGAAGCCCAUCGUGCUCGGACGUCGUACAAGGGUGGUUUCGGAGGAAGCAUUGUAUAUGGAGCUUCUUGAGGCAGACAGAAGUGAUGAAGAGCCUGACGCCGGUGCUCAGGAGGGUUCAGGUGACGACUUUAUGCCGUAG